AUGGUUAGAAAAGAUAAGAAAAAUCGUACUUGUGAGCGAUGCGGACGUGAAUGCUCAUCUCCUCAAAUGCUCCGUGCACACCUUAAUCGAAAAAAUCCAUGUCGUCCUCAGGAGUCAAUGCCAGCACCUCAACCGAGUCCAGAGACAAAAAUUAGAGCAGACAAUGAGAAUAGCUUAACCUCCGAGCUAAUUCCAGAAGUUAACCAGGAGAAAAAUGAUUCCGAUUUAGAAGAAUCAUGGAUGGAAUUUUUAAAAUAUUUAGGUGUGAAACCUGAUGAUCCCACACCAAUAGAAAAUUCUAACGCAGUGGUACCACAGCAACCCCACGGCCAAGCGAGCAGCUCCACUGAUGUUCCAAAAUUCGAAUUAACAAAUGUUAUUAAUUCCGGCGCUGAAUUAUUGGAUGCACAUUAUCGGGUACAAAUAGGAAACGAAAACAUAUACUCUCAUGAUCCAAUAAACACUUUCAGCACACUUAGGGAACAGAUAACAAAAAUCUUUAAUGAACGCUUUGAUUUAACGCACGGUUUCAAAACUCGAUUAUGUCUUGUAGGGAAAUUGUCAAGGUCAGCAAAUUAUCAGCAGGGGUUAUUUGAUGAUAAAAUAGAAGAAGAUAACGGUGAAAAAGCGUAUAAAGAAGUUCCAUUCAAAAAUAAAGCUGUAGUAGUAGCAUGCAAAACGGAUAUACCAAGAAUUGUUGAUGAAUUAAUUAGCGACAUAGAAAACCGAGUAGAGACAUAUACAGUAGAAGGAUCAGGCUGGGUUUUUGAAGCAUCAGAAGAAGUAAAUAUCGAAAUGCCGAUAUUCGUUCCAUUAACAGCUAGCUCACAUAUACCAUUACCGAAAGGAAUGUCAACAAAAAAGAAUGGAAUUAUUAAUAUCAAAAAUGAGGAUAAUCGAUGCUUUGAAAGAUGUAUUAUUGAGGAUUUAUAUCCCGCUCCCUGUCAUCGAGAAAGACCACAAAAUCAAAACCCUCAUUUAGGUAAGUUAAAUUUCGAGGGUAUUCAAUUUCCUGUAAAGGCAGACGAACAUACUAUGUCUAAGUUUGAAAAACGGAACCCCGAUCUCGCUAUAUCAAUUUAUGGUUGGAGUGAAAGAAGAUUGCAACCAAUAAGAAUAGCCAUUAAAGACACAGUACACGACAAAUGCAAGCACAAAGAAGGAAUUUGCAAUCAACGCAGACUGAUUCGGCUUCUUCUGAUAACAGGAGAGGAUCCAAAAACCAGGGAACCAGCACAACAUUACUGUCUAAUCCAGGGACGCGAUGGAUUAGGUAAGUUAGCUGGAUACACCACAAAACAUUGUGCCAAGCUCUAUGUCUGCGACUGGUGUGUUUCUCACCGAACGCAUGAUCCAAAACUUGACGCCCAGCAUAUGGAAGAUUGUGAAGGAAUUAAUACACCAGUCCAAAGAACGGUAAUGCCGACAGUAGACAAGAAUAUAUAUAAAUUCACAAGAUAUGAGCGAAUGUUAGAUGCACCUUUUACUGCCUCAGCAGAUGCUGAAACUCUCUCCACUCUGAUUGAAAAAAAUCAAGGAUCGAAAACGACAGCAAUCCAAGAACAUAAAGUUAUAUCAUUUGAUUAUAUAAUUAGGCGUAGUGAUGGUAAAACCAAAGCACCGGUAAAAAUUAGAGGUGAUGAUCCAGCCGGAGAUUUUAUUAAAGCAAUGGAAGAGGAAAAUAAACAAUGUCAAGACUUUCUUGCAAGCGGGCAUAUAAUCCGGGAUAGCGCUUCAAAAUUAAGUGAACUAACUAAUACUAGAUUUUUACCGAAAGGAAUGCAUCUCGAACUUCUUUCUAUCUGUGAACACUUUAAAUCCUGGAAAUUAAGUAGCGAUAAGGAUGAAAAAAAGGGGGAGAUUAAUCGGGUAGUAGGUGUGAGACAUUUGUUAAAGAAAAUUUAUGAAAUGCAUAAAACAAAACCAUUAGGAAUUGAUGUAGGAAAAAUGUAUCGUCUUAUAUCACGGAUUUACCAGCGGCUCAGAUGGCCAGGAGAGCCAAUGAAGAAAUUAACGAAAGAGGAGGAGAAUCAGUACAAUUCAGCAAAAGAAUGUUGGAUCUGUAAUAAACCAUUUGGAGAGGAUAACCUGAAAAAAGUCCGAGAUCAUGACCAUAUUACAGGUAACUAUAGAGGACCAGCCCAUAGUAUUUGUAAUCUCCAAUUACGAAUCAAACCAGAGGAGUUUAAAUUACCAAUUCGUUUCCAUAAUUUAGGUAAGUUCGAUGCUCAUCUUAUUUCCCAGGCUAUGGGGCGAGUAAGCAAAGAAAAGAUAAGUGCAAUCCCACAUAACAUGGAAAGUUAUCUCAGUCUCGAUAUUGGAAAUCAAAGAUACAUGGAUUCUUUACAACUUAUGCCUGGAUCCCUUGAUUCUCAUAUAUCUAACUUAGGAGCUGAACCGUGUGAAGAAGAAGUGGAUGAGGAUGGAAAACCUUUAGACUUACCAUGUAAAAAGCCCGGUCAUCUUUAUAGAAUCGAUUCUAAUAGAUGUUUUGCUCAUCCAGAGAGAUUUCCUAUAACUAGAGAACACGGGCCAAAAGGAAGGGAUGACUUAGUAUUCCGUAAAGCCCCUUUUCCAUAUGAUUGGUUUAAUACACCGGAAAAAAUGGAUACUACUUCUCUUCCUCCUAUUGAGGGAUUUGACAGCAUUCUAAACAAAUCUAAAUGCUCAGAAAAAGCUUAUAAAAUCGCACAAGAGGUAUGGAAAUUCUUUGAUAUGAAAACAUUCAGAGAUUAUCACGACUUUUAUCUUAAUCUUGAUGUACUAUUAUUAGCAGAUUGUUUAGAAGGAUUUCGAAAAUUAAUGAAAGGUAAAUUUGGUCUUGAUAUAUCCCAUUAUGUAUCUCUCCCUUCUUUUGCAGAAGAUGCUCUAUAUAAAACUACAGGACAAGAAAUCGAGUUAUUUACUGAUGAUAAUAUGUAUCUAUUCUGUGAGAAAGGUAUCCGAGGAGGUAUUACAAUGGUAAGUAAUCGCCAAGUUAAAGCUAAUAAUCCUCAAUGCCCCGAUUUUGAUCCAAACUCGGAAGAAGCCAUGAAAAAACUCUAUACUUGGCUAUUAUACGUUGAUGCCAAUGCAUUAUAUACUGGAGCAAUGAUGCAAGCCAUGCCAACAGGCGGACAUAGAUGGAUAACACCAGAAGAAACUCCAGAGCUUUUUAAUAAAAUUAGCAAGUGCGAAAUCCCUGACGAUGUAGAUAAAGGCUAUAUUUUGGAAGUUGAUCUUGACUAUCCAUAUAAAUUACACAAAGCUCAUACUUCAUACCCUUUAGCUCCUGAAAAUAUCAAAAUUUCUAAAGAGGAAAUGAGUAAGUACAGCCAGGAUCUUAUUAAGGAACUAAAACAUUAUACAAAGACUAAGAAAUUCGUUCCAAAUCUCAAUAAUAAGAAAAAGUAUAUAGUUCAUUAUCGAGCAUUACAAUUUUAUAUAAAGCAGGGAAUGAUACUUACUAAAAUUCAUCGAGCUAUAGAAUUUAACCAAAGCCCAUGGAUGAAGCCUUUUAUGGAAGAAUUAGAAUUAGCAAGAUCCCGUGCUUUAGCUAAGAACGAUUUCGAGAAAAAUAUGUAUAAGCUCCUUGGUAAUGCAAACUAUGGAAAGACUGUAGAGAAUGUACGCAAAUAUCAAAGAAUAGAUUUCGUUAGACCAGAAGAAGAAUCGAAAAAGUUUAAAAAAUUAGUAGCUGAUCCUAGUUACAAGUCGCAUAGAAUUUUAGCAGAGAAUUUAGUAGGUAUUUCUCGUCAUCAAUCAAAAGCUAGACUUAGUAAACCAAUCUUUAUCGGUAUGUCAGUCUUUGAUGAAAGUAAGAUUACCAUGUAUAAUUUCUAUUACAAUAUUAUGAAAGCACGUUAUGGAGAUAAUGUAGAGGUGGUAUACACUGAUACUGAUUCACUUAUCUUACUUAUCCGAACUGAGAAUGUCUAUAAAGAUAUGGUAGAGAUGCAAGAACAUUUCGAUUUUAGCGAUUAUAAGCCAGAACAUCCUAUAUACCAAGCUCUCGGAAAAGAAACGAUUAUGUUGAAUAAAAAAGUUCCUGGUAAAUUUAAGGAUGAAAGUUGUGGUACUGCUAUGUGGAAAUUUUGCGGACCAAGACCUAAGCUUUAUAGUUAUAUUCUAGCUGAUGGGAAAACAGAUCGAAGAGCUAAAGGAGUACAAAAGGUAGUAGUCAAAAAGAACCUUACUCAUGAUAUGUACGAAAAUUGUUUAAAAACUCGAGAAGAGACUAUGGUAACGAUGCAUAGAUUAGGAAGUAAAGACCAUAUUAUCAGACUUCUUCGUUCAUCUAAAGUUG